AUGGGCAGCCCUACGAAUAGUCCCAGUUCUGAUGACACGAAAACGGUCAUCGAUGAGGGCGAAUCAUCGAGCAAGGACGAACUAGAGGGAGCUCUGUCUCGCGUGAAUGAGCUCUUGGACGAGGCCACGAAAGAGAUGAACGAUGAUAGCCUCGCAAAUGCGAUCGUCGCGUUACAGCAGACCAUCCUUAAUGAAGAAGACGAGGAAGCGCUGGCGAAGGCUGAAGUUGUCCUGACCAAAGCCCUCGUAACCCGGUUCGCUCGAUAUGGAUGGGCGGGUGACUUGGAUGAAGGGGUAAAGCUUUUGCUGAUGGAGAGACUAAAUCCAUCCUUAUUCAUCGAUCAAUUAUGGACUUUAUCUGGUCCACCAGGCAAGCACUGUGCUGACAACGUCUCCGACUCUGCCCUCGAGACACUCCGGGAGUACCGACGAUCAAUCGACAUUCCCAAGCUAGAGACAGCCAUCGUGAUUGCCAACGAAGCUCUCGCUUUGUGUCAUGGUGCGGCCGACAGUCGAGGCAAACUAUUGCUCCGGACUGGCAAUGCCCUAGUUCUGAAGUACCUGGCGUCCGAUGACGGGGAAGACCUGGAUCUAGCUGGGACGGUUUUUCAAGAUGCCAGGCGGGCGUUCAGAAGUGGCGACCCAAUGCUCUUCAUCACCCUUCUCAAUCUCCAACAUAUUGCAUGCGUCAAGUUCGUGGAUUGUAUCGGCGAGGGGUCAAUGGAGGUGCUGGAUUUUCAGUUGCAAGAGGAUAUGGAUGCCGAGGACGGAGAAGGGAUUGACGCGUGCAUGUUGGGAUCAGAGCUGAUAGAGAGUGAUGAAUCCCUGUUAGAUGAAGAUAUCUCAUGGCUCCACCAUUCCCUAUCAUUCCGACCGCCACAACAUCCAAGACGCUGUGAGAUACUUGAAAUUUGUGCCAUUGUCCUCCAUAAGCGAUUUGGCUACAACAACGACUUGUCCGACCUGGAAGAGUGCAUCGCACUGCACAGGGAAGCCCUCUCGCUCCGCCCUGCAGGCCACCUCGACCGGCCCCGCUCACUCAACAACCUGGCAAGCGCCCUUGGCACUCGGUUUAGACGCCAAACAGACACCCGCGACCUGGAAGAGUGGAUCAAACUCGACAGGGAAGCGCUGGAUCUUCAUCUCCCACGCAAUCCGGACCGCCCCCUGGCACUUAACAACCUUGCAAACGCACUUCGCACCCGGUUUGAACACAACGGUGACCUGUGGGACGUGGAAGAGUGCAUCAAACUUGACAGGGAGGCCCUCUCGCUCCAGCCUCCAGACGACCCUGACCGCCCCCAGCUGCUCAACGACCUUGCAAGCGCGCUUCGAACCCGGUUCCAGCUCACGGGCGACUUCCGAGACCUGGAAGAGUGCAUCAAGCUGCACAGGAAAGCGGUUGAUCUCCAUCCUCCAGGCCACCGCAGCUGCCGCCGUUCGCUCAGCGACCUGGCAAAUGCGCUUCGCACCCGGUUUGGAUACAAGGGCGACUUCCGCGACCUGGAAGAGUGCAUCAAGAUGCACAGGGAAGUGCUUGAUCUAGACCCUCCAGACCAACUCAACCGCCCAGCAUCUCUCAUCAACCUGGCCAACUCGCUUUCCACCCGCUUUGAGCAUAAAGGCGACUUCCGCGACCUGGAAGAGUCCGUCACGCUGCACAGGGAAGCACUUGAUCUCCACCCUCCAGACGACCCCGACCGAGCCACAUCACUCAAAAAUUUGGCAAACUCGCUUUCCGUCCGGUUUGAGCACACAGGCGACUUGCACGACCUGGAAGAGAGCAUUUUGCUGGACAGGGAAGCGCUCGAUUCUCACCCCCCAGGUCACCCUGACCGCCCAAGCUCCCUCAACAAUCUGGCAAACUCGCUUGACACCCGCUUCGAGCACAACGGCGACUUCAGCGACUUGGAAGAGGCUGUCGGGUUGCAUAGAGAAGCGCUCGGUCUCCGCCCUCUAGAUCACCCCGACCGCGCCAUCUCACUGGACAACCUGGCAAUCUCCCUUUGCACCUGGCUCAGGCACAAGGGCGACUUCCAAAGCCUGGAAGAGUGCGUCACAUUGCACAGGGAGGCUCUCACUCUCCGCCCGCCAGGCCACGCUGACCGCGCGGGCUCGCUUAACAGCCUGGCAAACUCGCUUUCCACCUGGUUUGAUCACAAUGGCAACCUCCAUGACCUGGAGGAGUGCAUCAAGGUGCACAGAGAGGCGCUCAGCCUCCGCCCUCCAGGGCACCCUGACCGCCCCCACUCGCUCCACAACCUGGCAAGCGCUCUUGCUACCCGGUUUGAACACACCGGUGACUUCAGCGACCUGGAGGCAUGCAUUGCAACCCUGCGGGAGGCCCUUGAUGUGUAUGCACGGCCUGAUAAUACUUUUGGAGUCGAGUCGGGUUCCACUCAUGCUUUCGUUGAUCAUCCUUAUUGGCUUCGGGUAGUUGGGAACCUCGUGAACGCUCUCACAAUGAAGUACCGGGCCACCGGCGACAAGGAUAUACUGGAUGAAAUAUUCCAGCUUUUCUGCUCUGGAGCUCAAUCCCAUGGGUCCUCGCCGCUUCGGAGGCUACGCCAUGCUAGGCGCUGGGGCUCAACUUGCCGAGAGUUCAACCGUGCAGACGGUGCGCUGGAAGCUUACACUUACGGCGUGGAUAUGCUCCCCCAGUUAGCCUCUCUCGAUCUCACGCUGGAACAGCGACAGAACGCCCUCGUCCAUGCUAAGGAUUUGUCGAGGGACGCAGUACAGUGUGCGAUCGAGCAAGGACAGUUGGAGACCGCUGUUGUCUUUCUCUCUACGGCGCGAUCGGUUUUUUGGUCCCAAGCCCUCCAAUUCCGGGGACCUCUCGACCAACUGGAUGCCCUCCAUUCCGAUUUGGCGGUAGAACUGCGCUCCGUCACUCGCCAACUGGAGAUAGCAACCCACGAAACCCCGCGGUCUCGCUCAAUCUCGGAUAAAGGAUUGUCAAGGCGUCCAUACCUUCUCGCCCAGAAGAGAAAGGAGGUCCUCGCACGGAUUCGAGCUAUCGACGGCUUCCAAGAUUUCCUCCUCCCUCCUUCCUUCGCCAUGCUCAGGACCGCCGCCAGGGAUAAUCCUAUCGUCUUCCUUAACGCGAGCAAGUACGGCUGUGACAUCCUGAUCCUGAAACAGGAUGGCACUUUGCAUCGCCACCCUCUCGCCACUGAUCUGGAGCAAAUCACUGGUUUUGCAGACGCAGUUCAGCAGUUGUCGCGAGGACAGAUAGUGGGCGCACAACUCCAGCGCAAGAUCGACAGCUUGUGCGAAAGCCGAAAUACGCGCCUGCAACUACGUCGUCGAAGCAGACGCACGGCUGAAGAUGACUUUAGGCAGCUUCUGGAGAUCCUCUGGGAUGUGGUAGCGGAACCGGUCAUCAGAAUUCUGGGUGUGCAGAAGACUGACAACCCAAAACGAAUCUGGUGGUGCCCAACAGGUCCAUUCGCCUUCCUUCCUAUCCAUGCUGCUGGUGUCUACUCCGACAACCCUGAAGCAUCCGACUGCCUAUCCGAUUAUGUUGUUUCUUCUUAUUGCUCUUCGCCGCAAGACCUCAUAGCCCCGCCGCCAACACCAAAUCUUGACUACGAAAUGCUCGUCGUCGUCGAGCCAGGAGAUUCAGGGCCCCGUACACUCAGCCUCCCAUUCACUAUGGAGGAAUUGAAGAAGAUCCAGUGUCGAAUCCCCCACGAACGACAUUUGGUUACCCGCGUCGGGUCAGCCGACACUCCCUCCAGUCCCGACGCAAUCUUGGGUCACAUCAACACAGCAUCUAUCGUUCACUUUGGGUGCCACGGGUCUCAAGAUUUCUCGAAUCCUUUGGAUAGUUCGUUAAUCCUCAGUGGGGGUCGUCUGACCAUGGAAUCGUUGAUUCGAGGUUGCCGCACUUCCAAUGCUGCUCUCGCUUACCUGAGCGCUUGUGAAACUGCAAUGGGAGACCAAGAACGCCCCGAUGAGUCUCUCUCUCUGGCUGCGACUAUGCAGUUCGCCGGGUUCCGCAGUGUUGUCGCAACUAUGUGGUCAAUCCACGAUGAAGAUGCUCCCAUUGCAGCUGAUAUUUUCUAUCGUCAUCUCUUCCGUCGUGGAACCGCGGCCCCUCCGGAUAUCACUGACGCAGCGUAUGGUCUACAUCUUGCUGUGAAGAAGCUGCGCGACCUUGGGAAGCCUUUUCACCAGUGGGUUCCUUUCGUCCAUCAUGGUAUUUGA